ACAAACAAAGCCAAGUUUGUGUCGUUCUUGUCAGCCAAAUCCUCAUCCUGGAUUCCCCCUAGAGAGAGAGAGAGAGAGAUGGCUCAGAUUAGUGCUUCUUCUCUAAUCAGUCCGAUGGAUUCUUCUUCUAAUUACCGAAAAUGUAAUCUUCUCUCUCCACCCCACCAUUCAUCUUUUGCCCUUCUUCAGUUUCAUUCCCUUCCUACUGCAACUGCAAAUCUAUUUCCUUCUCAUUCUCACACUAGAAACCCUAGUUUUCCUCUUUCUGCAACCAUCAUCAGUCCACCAAAACACCAACCCAAGUCGAGAAAACAGCUUUACGUGGGGCGGCUGGGGCCCAUUGAUAAUCUCCGAGCAGCUGAAUUGUUCCUCGAUCGGAUGCCCCAAAUGCGACAUCUGCCACCCAUUGAUGAAAUAAAUAAAGCGUUAACCACUAUUACGAAAGCGAGUAAGUACAGCACGGCUCUUUAUCAUUUUAACAAGUUGCAGUUAUUAGGCAUUCAGCUAGAUUUGUAUACCUUCAACAUUGCAAUUAACUGUUACUGUCGCAUGAAUCAAGUUGGCUUUGGGUUCUCGCUUCUAGGCGGUAUCGUCAAACGCCGCUAUACGCCUAAUGUAGUUACCUUCACCUCUCUGUUAAAUGGACUUUGUAUAGUGUAUAAAACUGUUGAGGCCGUGGAGUUAUUCGAGAAAUUAAUCAGAAAAGGAGAAAUCGAACCCAAUAUGACUAUGUGUGGGACGAUUUUAAAUGGCCUUUGCAAAAAGGGAAAAACGGGAGCGGCUAUCAGGUUUCUUGGGAUGUUGGAAAAGAGAGGUUUAAAACCUGACACCAUGGAAUAUAACAUGAUCGUUGACCGUCUUUGCAAGGAUGGCUUGGUCAAUGACGCUUUCAACUUCUUAGUAGUAAUGAAUAGCAAAGGUAUCCGUGCAAAUGUUGUUACUUAUACAUCUCUGAUUGAUGGCCUAUGCAAACAUGACAAGAGGAAGGAAGCUAUAGGAGUGCUACGAGAAAUGUUGGAUAGUGCUAUUUCACCAAAUGUUUUUACAUUUAAUGUUUUGGUCUCUGCUCUUUGCAAGCAAAGGAUGACAAAGGAAGCGGAGGAGUUACUUGAAGUCAUGGAAAAAAGAGGUGUGGAUCCUGAUGUUUUCACAUACACUAGUCUCAUGGAGGGAUAUUGUUUGCAAGGCCGGAUGGACGAAGCAAAGAGAUUGUUAAAUGCCAUGGCGGUUAGGGGCCUUCAUCUUAACAUUUAUAGUUAUGGCGUUUUGAUUAGUGGAUACUGCAAGAACAUGAAAUUAGACGAGGCCAUGCAUAUCUUUCGAGAAAUGCGUCGACGUGGUUGGAAACCAAACAUUGUUAUUUUCUCUACUAUAUCGCUGGGUAUGGUUCGGACUGGUACAUAUAAAGCUGCUCGAGAAAUUCUUAAUGAAAUGCAAGCUGCUGGCCUAAUUCCUGGUAUUAGAACUUGUGGUCUCUUGUUGGACGGCCUUUGCCAAUCCGGGCAAAUUGAUGAAGCGUUGUUCUUAUUUGACAUGAUGGAAAAAAAGGGUUUAGGUCUCGAUAUUGGUAAGUAUAAUAUCCUUGCUGAUGCAUAUUGCAAGAAUAAAAAACUUGAUAAUGCAAGGGAUCUUCUCACUACGCUUCCUUCGAAAGGGUCAUGUCCUGAUGAUAGGACUUCAUUGGUAUGAGUCGGGGUCUUUUGAGGAAUGCCUUCUUGAAGAAGUUGUCCUGCGGAAUGAUGUCUCUUAUAAGUCAUCAUUCAGUGAUUUCUUAGCCGUUUGAAGUCCUUUGAGGCAUUUUUACUCCUUGAAGAAAUGAUUGGAAGCCAAAUGUAUCUACUGGUUCCUUGACUGUGGAUUUAAUUAACUAAAGGAUUGGACCGCGCUCUCAAAGAAGUGAUAAAGAAGUUUGCGUUGUGCCAAAGAAUAGACAGUUAGCAAGACUUUGAAUUAAGAAGAUUACGCCAUGAAGAACUACAGAUUGCUUUUCACACAUCCAUCAAGGGUUUUGAUUGAGAUUCAUUUCAACCAAGGAUGAAGAUUACACAACUCAAGUUUUAUCACCCAACAGGACAAUGUAAAAUCCCCAUGGUUGCUUUUCAUACAACGACUCCCUCUACGUUACCACCCAUCAUUGGCGUUCGAUUUAAGAUUUGACUGAAAAAUUGAGGUAGUUUCGAAUGUAUUUUCUUCUGUUCUCAUUAGCGCUCUCUUUACCUAUUUCCAAAUUAAAGUUCAAAUUAUUGAUUGGGUUGUUUCCUAUUGGUUCAAGAUUUCGAGUUGCAUUAUUAGUUUGUGCUUUUUAACGUUGUUGUGAGGGUUGUCGUGGUUAUGUUUCAGAUCCGGGCCUAUGUCCCAAUUGAAGGAUUAUUGAUUUGGUAGUAAUUAAUCUAAGUGCAAACGCAAGUAAAA